GGAAAAUUACCGCCGUCGGCGGCGGACACGAGGGCUCGCCGGGCCAGGGAGAGGAUCCAGGCGCCACCAAACCUUGUACGCGAGGACGCCGCCGUUGCUCGGACUUGAGCGCGGGCCACCUCCACCACGUGAUGCGGCUGCGCUGUGGAGAGCCGGGCCGAGGGCCGCUCGGAGGAGCGGCGUGUCGUGGCUGUGGUGUCUGCCGCGCCCGGAGGACUGAUGCUUCUGCGAGCGUCCUCGACGAGGUUGUUGCCGCUACAGUGAUGGCGAGACGGCGAGACGGCGAGCAGCAGUGGCCGCUAGUUCCAGUUAAAGAAAUUAGAAAAAGACAUGGCGUUCGUGCCGAGAGGAGCCAGGCCGAGGGGAGCGUCGUUGCGCCGAUGCGCCGCUGGAGCCUGGAGGGCUGUCGAGGCCGAGGGUCCUUGUUUCCCUGGCGCCGGAGGGAGUCGCCGCCACAGCCGUGUAUCAGGCCGAUGGCCAGGGACGCUGAUGCCGUCGAGUUCUUGGCCUAUUUGCUCUCUGGAAGAGGCGUGCUGAUAAGUGAUAACGUGUUAAAGUAAAACGAGAGAGGGAGAGAGGAGCGAAUGAUGGGAAUGAACAGUGUCUCUUUAUUGAUGACAAACAAGACUAUAUAUACAAAGUGAGGGGAGGCGUUGAACGGACGCGACCUUUACAAAGGACGCCAUAAAGGCGGUAGCCAAUGACGGUUA